AUGUCGAACGAGACAGACGAAACUGAACGCCGUCGUUCGGCGGAGGCGGAGUAUCGCAAGAAGCUUUCCGAUCUCAAAGAUGUCAAAGCCUAUAUUCAUUUGGCCAAAAUGGAUAAGAAGAUUUUAGAGGACGAACUUGCAGAAACUGAGAAAGAGCUCGAACACUUAAGGGGUUGUGGCUAUCAAGUUGCUCAUGUUAUAAAACCUUAUGACAAUGGACGCUUUAUAGUAGACGCAAAAGUUAGUAGAUAUAUAGCUGACUGUAGUAGUAAGUUGGACAAGGAGAAGAUAAAGGCAGAAACAAGAGUUUUCCUGGACAACAGGACGAUGACGAUUAUGGGAAUUCUUCCGCCGGAACUUGAUCCUGAGGUGCAGAAUAUGCUUGUUGAAGCCCCAGGAAACAUUACUUUCGAUGCACUUGGCGGGCUUUCAGAUCAGAUUCAACAACUCAGGGAAUCGAUUGAACUGCCAUUAUUGAAUCCUGAGAUUUUCCGAACGGUUGGAGUCAGACCCCACAAGAGUGUUCUUCUUUAUGGACCUCCUGGAAACGGGAAGACAUUCUUAGCCAGAGCAAUUGCCAGCAACAUUGGUGCUAAAUUCAUGAAGGUUGUAGCUAGUGCUCUUUUGAUCGGAUGUCAUGGUGAAGGCGCAAGAUUAAUUAGGGCAAUGUUUAGAUAUGCUCGCGAGCAUCAGCCUUGCAUCAUAUUCAUAGAUGAGAUUGAUGCCAUUGGUGGACGACGUUUGGCCAUGGGCUCAUCUGGUGAUCGUGAAGUUCAAAGAAUCCUCGUGGAGCUGCUUCAGCAGAUUGAUGGAUUUAAUGAGUUUGACCAGGUGAAAGUCAUUAUGGCUACAGAUAGGCGUGAUACUCUUGAUCCAACCCUUCUUCGCCCGGGUCGAAUUGAUAGGCAAAUAGAAUUUCCAUUACCAAAUAAGCAUGCAAGGAUGCAAAUCCUCCAUAUACAUUCUGCUGAAAUUGCUAAAGAGGGUGAAAUUGACUAUGAAGCUGUUGUUAAUCUUUCUGAGGGAUUCAAUGGUGCCGAUCUUCGUAAUGUUUGCACGGAAGCUGGUUUGUCAGCGCUUCGUGCUGACCGUGAUUGCGUGAUUAAUGAAGAUUUCAUGAAGGUUCCGACAUCACUUUCUGGAGUCCCAACACGCAGUUGUGGAAUUGAAGAAAAUUUAGCUUCAAAUGGAAACUGUAUUGCGGUGAAUGAAAUAUAA